AUGGAUUUAGGUUCACCAGAUGAGAAGGUUGCAGAAUUGUUCAAAUCAGUUGAACAAGAGGCUGCCCCAAGUACAUCCACUCCUCCCAUCAGCAUCUUCAACACUGGUUUGGGAGAAAAAGCUCUUAGGUUUAUGACGACCGUGUCUUGUGAGAAUGCGUUCUAUGGCACCGAUUGUCUAACUUUCUGCAUUGCUCAUGACGAUGACAGUGGACACUACAUCUGCAACACAACCACAGGGGUAAAGGUCUGCCUGAGUGGCUGGACAGGCCACAACUGUACUGAUGACUACGACGAGUGUUCCUCAAGGCCCUGCAUGAACGGGGGUUACUGCAUCAAUGGACGUGAUGAGUACAACUGUACCUGUUUGGAAGGUUACACGGGAUACAAUUGCGAAAUAGACGUAGAUGAAUGUGAGGUGAUGCCAUGUGAAAACAACGCCACCUGCGUUGACCUCGUUAAUGAUUUCAACUGCACAUGUAUGGAUGGUUUUGAGGGGUCAAACUGCGAAUUUGACAUUGAUGAGUGCGCAAGUAUCCCCUGUCAGAACAACGGCAGCUGCAUUGACGAAAUCAACUCAUUCAAGUGCACAUGUAUGGAUGGUUUUGAGGGGUCAAACUGCGAAUUUGACAUUGAUGAGUGCGCAAACGAACCAAAUUUUUUCGCCUGCGAAUGUGUUGAAGGGUUCUCUGGGUCUCUUUGUGACAUCAAUAUGGAUGACUGCAAAAGCUCCCCUUGUCUUAAUGGUUCCACGUGCCAAGAUGAGAUAGGCAAAUUUACCUGUGUCUGUCUCCCGGGCUUCGAGGGAAAAUUGUGCGAUGUGGAUAAGGACGAAUGCACCAGCUCUCCGUGUUUGAACAACUCCACCUGUGUGGACCUACUGGACGAGUACCAGUGCAUGUGUCUACCGGGCUUUGGUGGACCUCAGUGCGAGAUCGAUUUGGAUAACUGCGCCUCCACACCAUGCGCGAACUCGGCCACGUGUCAGGACACCCUGACUGGUUUUAAAUGUCAGUGUCUGGACGGGUACGAGGGUGAGACGUGCAGGGAGGAGAUCGACUUCUGCAGGAGUUCGCCUUGUAACACUGGAACGUGCACACCAGAGUUCAACGGAUACAGCUGUACAUGUGACAAACUGCAUACAGGCAAAGAGUGUGAAUCCAAAAUACCAGACCCUUGCUCUGUAUCGCCGUGUAAUAACGGCAAGUGUGAGGAAUCAACUGUAGACGACAAAGGAUACACGUGCACGUGUGAUGCCGGGUAUUUCGGCAAAGACUGUGAUAUAGACCUGAAGAUCUACGGGUAUGGCAUCGUUGUUGUCGGAGUCCUGGACAGCACCUCACGAUUUCAGCUUGGCAUCGCAGUCAUACUAGACCAAGCCUUACAGCAACUUGGGCCAGCUAUCCGUAAACGUGACACAGUUCAAGUUAAUGUUACCGUGGCAACGCUUGCAGAUUUGAUAGCAGCGCCAUCUGGAGCAAAACUGACUGAAGUGACUUUUGUGGCAUCACGAGACACUAGCUUCAUGACGUCAGAGAGAAUUGGCGAACUUCUGUCGACCCAGCCGAAGGAAUCGAUAGAGGCAGAAAUCGGUUACAAAAUAUACGACGGGGAGACGACCACAGAGGAUUGGCUGUCGAAGUACUGGUAUGUUGUUGUGAUUGGCGUCGCAUCUCUUUGCCUCGGCACUGCAUUCGUCGUCUACAUUACCAAACGAUUACAAGACAAGACAAAGGCCGUCUACAACUUGGAGACUGACUUGAAACAGGAAGAGAAGAUAAGGCGCCCACCGAGCAAGACAAACAAGGUCUUCCCGUUCAGACNGUCGUAG